GACGUUUUCGGGCGCUUCCCGGGACGCGGGCGCGAGCGUGGUGGGGCGCGAAGGUGAUGGUGAGGGCGGAGCGUCUGCUGCGAACUUCGACGUCGUGAUCAGACUCAUGAGCAAGUUGUGAUAGUCAGCCCGCUCGACCUCGACGCCAUGACGGUCCAGGUCAACACGUACUUCCGGCUGGCGCUGGUGCUGACCGCCGUGCUGGGCCUGUGCGCCGCCACCGACCUGCACAACAGCCUCAUCAACUCCUCCACGCUCGAGGUGAACGAACCCCGCAGGGAAGACAAAGGCCGCAAGGUGAAGACGGCCCGGACGAAGGACGCGCUCGUCGUGCAGACCAAGACGGGCCUCGUGAGGGGCUUCAGGGAGAAGGUGCUGGGCGAGUACGUGGACGUGUUCCUGGGCAUCCCGUUCGCCAAGCCGCCCCUGGGAGACCUGCGCUUCAAGAAACCCGUUCCCAUCGACCCAUGGCACGGCAUCUUUGACGCCACGACUCUGCCUAAAUCCUGCAUCCAGGAGGCCUACGCCUCGUUCCCCGGCUUCGAGGGCGAGGAGAUGUGGAACCCCAACACCGAACUCUCUGAGGACUGCCUCUACCUGAACCUGUGGGUGCCCGCCAGCCUGCGCGAGCCGGGGGCGAAACCGGCGGAGGUGCUGGUGUGGAUCUAUGGGGGCGGGUACAUGGCCGGGACGUCCACCCUCGAGGUGUACGACGGCGACCUCAUGGCCGUCGCAAACAACUUCAUCGUGGCCUCCAUGCAGUACCGCGUCGGGGCCUUCGGAUACAUCUACCUGGACAUCGACGAGGCUCCGGGCAACCAGGGCAUGUACGACCAGGCCCUCGCCAUGAAGUGGAUCAAGGACAACGCCCCCUACUUCGGCGGGAACCCCGAGCGCAUUACGCUCUUCGGCGAGUCGGCCGGCGCCAGCUCCGCCGCCUUCCACCUGCUGUCGCCCGUGUCCAUCGACCUGUUCGACAAGGUGAUCCUGCAGUCGGGCGUCCCCAACAACCCCUGGGCCAUCAUGUCCGCCGACAAGGCCUACGACAUCGCCCUCAAGCUCGUCGACGACUGCAAGUGUAACUCCUCGCUGGUGGCCGAGGACCCGUCGCGCGUGAUGGAGUGCAUGCGGCGAGUGGACGCGGCCUCCAUCUCCAUCGAGCAGUGGAACAGCUACGGCGGCAUCCUGCAGUUCCCGUCGACGCCCAUCGUGGACGGCGCCUUCCUGCCCGACGACCCCAUGGAGAUGAUCCAGAGGGGCGAGUGCAAGAAGACCCAGGUGCUCCUCGGGUCCAACAAGGACGAAGGUACUUUCUUCAUACUUUACGACUUCUUGAAAUACUUCAAGAAGGACGGAGAGAACCACCUAAGAAGGGAGGAAUUUCUGGAGAUCAUAAACGAAAUUUUCAAGGACUGGUCGGCGGUGGAGAGAGAAGCCAUUAUUUUCCAGUACACGAGCUGGGAGGACAUGGAGAACGGCUACCUGAACCAGAAGGCCGUUUCGGACGUGGUGGGCGAUUACUUCUUCGUGUGCCCGACCAACCUCUUCGCCCAGCUGUAUGCUGAGAACUGCGACGACGUCUACUACUACUUCUUCACGCAUAGGACCUCCAUCAACCCCUGGGGCGAGUGGAUGGGUGUCCUUCACGCUGACGAGAUCAACUACGUGUUCGGGCUGCCUCUCAACAGGUCCAACGGCUACACACACAGCGAAGCGGAAUUCUCGCGUCGACUCAUGCAGUACUACAAGAAGUUUGCUGCUACAGGACGCCCUGUGGACUACGAGGACGAGUGGCCAGUCUACACGCGCGCCCACCCCCGCUACUACGAGUGGAACCCAACGAGCCGCAGCGUUGGUAAAGGGCCCCGGGCGACAGCAUGCGCCUUCUGGAACGAACUCAUGCCCAUGCUGAGGGAAAAGCAGACUGGCGGCAUCUGCGAGAGCGAAAUGCAGAAAGCACUGAACUCCGCGCCUGUGUUCGGAUCCUUCCUGCUGGCUUGGAUCACCUGCUUUUUUACUCUUUUUCUCUUUUAGAUAUUUUGUAUGAUUUAUGAAAAGCAUAUAUAUUAAGUAUGUAUGUAUAUGUAUAUGUAUAUACAGUAUAUGUAUGUGUU